CUUUGUACUUUCUCUCUCGUUCUCUUGUUUCCAUCUGCGCCGGCGGCGCCGGCGAAGGAUCUGGCGCUGCACUAGAAGCGUACAUGAGGAACGAGGUAGUGGGUUGAGCAUCUCCGCGGUGGAGGAGGCAGUUCUCUCAUUGCGGAGUGGCCGGCGCGGUGGACAUAUGUGGCGUCCGGCGGGGCGGGGUCGGUCUGAGAAAGGAGCUGACUUUCCGAUUUAGACGGUCAGAGAAUGCCUCCGGAAGAAGACCUAAGGCGUUCAUGGGCGCCGCUGUUCGUCUUCCUCGUCGCUCCCGUGUUCACCUUCGUGGUACGGUGGAGAUGGCGGCUGGCCACGGCGAGGCAGGAAGAGGUCCGUCGGUUGGCUUUCCUCGCUGCGCAGGAGUCUAUCCGGGAGGAGGCGGAGGCAAUGAAAGCCUACGUGUCGACUUCGGCUGCGGCUUUGUGUGUGGAAAAAGACACCUCGGUGCGGCCGCCGGAAUGCCUCGUGUGCUUCAAUCCUGCAAUGGCGAGGUGCGGACAAUGCAAGGCUGUCAGAUACUGUUCUGGAAAAUGUCAAAUUAUUCAUUGGAGAAGAGGCCACAAAGAUGAAUGUCGUUCUCCAAUUAUCAAUGGUAGCAAAUGUGGCCUGAUGAAGGUUAAUGAUUCGGAGAGAACGCAAUCCGAAGAGCCUGAUUUAUUGGAGAAGAGUUUAGCGCCUAAUGAAGGAUUAAGUGCCACAGCAGUUGAGAAUCCAAGGAGGUCUUCUGCACUCAAAUCGGCAUCCCCUAAUGCUUUCAGGGAAGCCAACAAGCCUGAAGAACUCGAUCCUAAGUUAGGAGAGACUUCAUCUUCUGAUAUUCUUACUACUAACCCCAAAACUGGACCUGAUGCUUACAAUGCAAAUCCUUCUGCCUCAUUGAUUCCUGAGCUUGCUAGAUCAAAUCCUUCCUUAAUGGAGAAGCCAUCUACGUUUGAAACAGAGGUGAAUCAUUCUAUGGCGAUUAGCCAAUCAAGUUUAAAAGUGACAAAUUCUCUUUAUGCUCUUCUCUCAAAGACAGAAUCCCAGACAGAGGAGGAGACUUCAAACUCAGGCAAUAGAAUUCCAAUAUCUGCUGCUAGAGCAAUAGCUGCUGAGAUAUACUUAAUGGAAUCUAAAACUUCUGGGACUUUUGCAUUUGCUUCUGAUCUGUUAUCAACUGCUGGCAAUGCUAUGAAUGUUGCAUCUCCUAGUUCCCCAAAAGUUUCUCCUGGAGAACCAGUUAGAUCAUCUAAUUCUUUUGCUGCUAUAGGAAAUGCAGUGUCAGUGUCGACAAAGUCCUCAGAACCAGCUGCCUCUAUUUUAUUAGAGGUUAAAUCUCAGACACAGCACAAUGAGGUUCCAGCCUCAAACAUAGAGACAUCAGAUCCUCCCACUAAUGGGGCAGCAAUCAAAGAACAGUCACUCAAGUCCAACACAUUGAGAUCCUUAGCAUCUUCUUCUAAAGAACUAUUAGAUAACAGUGGUGGUCAGACUACCACUUCCUGUGAAUCCUUAGCAAGAGGCAGUGCUGUUAGACGAUUAAUUAGAUCAGACGAUGCUUCUGGUGCUACCUCAAAUGGUCUGCCAACUGCUGCAAAGAUAGUUCUUAAACAGCCUAUGCCUUAUAAAACUACGAGGAAUUACCCUUCCGAAUUGAUGCUUUUCCCAUAUCAUCUUUUCAUCAAACUCUACAACCCUGGCAAGAUUCAGUUGCAUCCUUGUGGUCUUACCAACAAUGGCAACAGCUGUUAUGCUAAUGUUGUUCUCCAGUGUUUGGCAUUUACUCGGCCAUUGUCAACAUAUCUUCUCAAUGGUCUUCAUUCCAUGAAAUGUCCAAAGAAAGAGUGGUGCUUUACAUGUGAACUUGAGAGACUCGUGAUGCACACGAAGCAAAGUGAAUCACCUUUAUCCCCACUAGGGGUACUCUCCCAUUUACACAAGAUUGGAAGUAACUUUACUCAUGGGCAGCAACAAGAUGCCCAUGAAUUUUUGAGGUAUGCAGUUGAUGUUAUGCAAUCUGAAUGCUUAAAACAAGCCAGAGCAAAGCCAGAAGGCAUGUUAGCAGAGGAAACAACACUCGUACAACAAACUUUUGGUGGCUACUUGAUGUCUAAGAUAAGGUGCAAUAAGUGUAAGGUCAAAUCAAAACGUUGUGAAAGAAUGAUGGACUUGACUGUGGAGAUACAUGGAGACAUUGCUACCCUUGAUGAAGCACUUCAUCAUUUUACAUCUCCUGAAAUUUUAGACGGGGAGAACAAGUAUGAGUGCAACAGAUGUAAGUCAUAUGAGCAAGCAAGAAAGAGAUUGGUGAUAUUGGAGGCUCCCAACAUUUUAACCAUCGUAUUGAAGCGGUUUCAGUCUGGUAAAUUUGAGAAACUCAACAAGUCUGUUCAGUUUCCGGAGUAUCUCAAUUUAGCGCUUUAUAUGAGUGGAGAUGAUGCAUCCCCUGUUUAUCAGCUGUAUGCGGUGAUCGUCCAUAAAGAUGUUAGGAAUUCAAUCUUUUCCGGUCACUAUGUUUGUUAUGUGAAAGAUACACAGAGCAAAUGGUAUAAGAUUGAUGAUAGCAAGGUAAAACUUGUGGAACUCAAAAAGGUUUUGUCAAAAGGUCCAUACAUACUUCUUUAUGCCAGGUGCUUGCCGCGUGCUCCAAGGUCGGUAAGGAGAGCAAUGGCUAAUGACAUUGUACAAGCAAGGAAGACUAAGAGCAAGGAAGCCAAGGGAAAGCUUGGUGGUUACGAUAUGGAGGACUUACUCCAGCAGCAAGUAGAGAGGGAGAAUGACAAUUUUCCACCAUCAUAUUCAGUCGACAAAGGAUUUCAGCCUCCAACUGAUUCUUCUAACGAUGGUUCUUCUCUUUUCGACGAGAGUUCCUCCUGUAGCAUCGAGAGCAAAAGUUGACUCAACAACCACAGAAGAGAAUUCUGGAGAUCUAGACUUCAUCAAUCCGAAUAGCCCCCCAAGUGUUUCUAAAUUCAGUCAUUCAAAAUAGCAAUCAUGAACAGGACAAUGUUGGAUUGAUUGGAUGCUAGUUCUUCGGAAAGGGAGAUGGGUCAUGUGUCAUGAGCACGCUCAAUGUCACGGUGGCAUACCGGUAUUUUGAAGGGGGAUGAGCCUAUCCUGUCUGGCAUUGUGAAAGUGUAUAAAUGUAGAGAUGUAACCAGAAAUCUUAGGACUGUAGAGACCGACUGUAUUAACCUAAAUGAGGUCAAGUUUGGUGUAUUAUGGAAAAGAAGAUUAAGUAGGUAAAAGAACUGCCCAAGCAUUUUAUUGAUCUGUUUGGGUUGUAAGGAAAAACAAUUAUUAGGUUGUAUUAUGAGCAGUGAAAAGGAAAUGGAAAAGGAGCAAAAAUUUUAACUUGCAA